AUGAAUGCUUUCCUUUUGCAGAUCAAGGGGGACGCAUCAUUCUCCCUUUUUUCUCAAGUCACAGAUGUCGAGUCCCUUAGUCAAACCUGGAAAUUAUGCAGCAAGGUGGCUGGCCAUCUAGAGCAAGGAAAACGAUUGGAAAACCUGUCGUGGAGAUUAUUUCAUCUUCACGCGAUGAUGACUGGUGAAAGUCCCAACAAUAGAACACACACAUUUGAAAGAUUGAGCAAGGAGACCGGAAGAAAGCUCGACCGAGAGAGACACCUACGUUUGAGUCAGCUUCAAGCUCCGCCGUUGAAGAGAGGCCGAUGUGCCAAUCAACCAAUGUCUAGCGUAUCUGCAACGAUACAUCACCCUACCUUAUUGUGUAGUCUAUCUAGUCCGAUGACAGAAAUGGGAACUGGUGGACUGGUCAACUGCACUACCAUUACAUCAUCUACCCAUAUCAAUUUUUCUCACUACGAUGCUUGGGACUUCGACUUCAAGGCCGGCUCUAUCAAUUUUGAGUCAUUUCUAUCAAGCUUCUCCCCUUUGGCUCUUUUUGGUCCUGUGGAUUAUCUUUCCCAGGAGACUUGCUGCCUUCCUGAGAAUACGCAAGCUAAGAGAAUGGCAGACUCCACGGCUGUUUGGGAUUCUGUGAAUUGUUUGCCGUACCACGAACAAUUGAAUGCACCUUCUUUCGCCAAUACAGAGAGAACAGACCUCGGCGCGGUGAUCGACCCCGUUCAACAUACCAUGAACGUUUAUGCCACCAAUCCUGGCAGCCCGCCAAAGACGGAGUCCCCUCUUUCGGAACACUUUCGUUUUGACAACAUAGAAGCCCCAACUGACUCGCCUGGCAUGCAAUUUGUUGGCGAAAACCCAAUUUUGGAUAAUCAAAUCACAUCAGAAACCCCGCAGUUCACCUGUCAAUCAGAUAGAAUAUUACCUGCGAUAGAAAACAUCAACGGUGGGAAUUCCUUUGUAACAGGCGUGGAAUUCCCCCAGCAGAAAGGCCAAUUUUCUCUUGGCAAGGCUUCCAAACCAGAUAUUUCGACUAAUGCUAAGAAUUCAAAAGUGGGGGAGAAAAGAAAACGUCGCAAUCCAAUGGCCACCCGACUCCCCACGUUUGUAGGCGCCUCCGAUCUUCCAAAGCACUCUUUGGACGGUAGUAUUUCGGAUGGACCGAUUUGCUUCAAUUGCCGGGGAACGCAAACCCCGCUGUGGCGAAGAGGGCCGAAUGAUGAGCUUCUUUGCAAUGCUUGUGGAGUCUUUUACAAAGUGCACAAAAAGCACAGGCCUGCUACCUUGAGUAAAUAUAACAGGUCUUUGGGCAAUUCAAACUCAGUCACCCGCAAUGAAACCGACCCCAAAGGCACGGGAAUCCAGUGCACAAACUGUGAUGCAACAGCUACCCCUAUGUGGCGUAAGGCACCAGAUGGGAGCCUGUUGUGUAAUGCAUGCGCGUUAUAUGUCAAGUGCCACAAGCGUCCUCGACCCACCAACUCUUCAAAGGUAUCUUUGACUCGACCCCUAGGCCUAAUCAAUUCACUUUCCAAUUUGAACUACGGCAACGAACCUACUUAUUCACUUGGAAUCACCUCGCCCAAGUCUGAGAUUUAUAUUUCUAAUCCCAGUUCGUCCAGUGAUCUUAGUUCCCCAUUUAUCAAUCUAUUUGACAACACUCUUGGCGGAAGCAGCGAGUUUAGCAGUUUCAAUUAUUUUAAGUCAUUCCCAAAUUCUUGCUAUACUACUCACAAUACCUGA